UGAAAAUAUCCCAAACUCUUUCCCACAAAAUUGGUUUCUUAUCCCUCCUCUUUCUCUCCGUCUCUCUGUAUCAGAGAUUUGCGAUCACCAUACCCAGAGAUUCCAAUCGAUCUGCAUAAUUUCUCGACCAUGGCUUCACAAGUUGUGUACGGACUACUUUUCCUCUCCUUCUCCUUCACUUGCAUCAUGCUCCUCCACUUGGUUCUCCAUCCUGUUUUCUAUUUCACUUCCUGAAACCUAGUAUCUUUUUGAAGUUUCGACUACACAAGGUCGAUCAAUUUCAAUCAAUGGAAGUCGAUUUCUAAGUAAUAGAAGUUCUGAUUCAAGGAAGAUGUAGAAAUCUGGUGGUUCGAGAAACGUUAUGUUCGUUCUCUUCUCUUUCUUCUUCGGAUCUUACGAGUGUUGUUGUAGUUGAUUGAAUAUUUUAUUGUUUGUUUGCAAAAGAUGAAGUAGAUUUGAAAUAUUUACACAUUAUAUAUAUUCUUGUGGAAUUUGAUCUCUCUCUCUCUCUGUGGAUUUGUUUGCUGAAUUUCAUUUGUUAAUUUGGAAUGCACAUGGAGCACCUCCACCAAUUUAGUUAAUUUCAUUACAAACCCUUUUUUUUUUUUUGUUAAUUACAAUUUUAGUAUAUAAAAUUUGAAAUUUGUUCACCCUAAAUUUUGAUGUGCUACUGAAUUUAAUAUGAUUAAGUUACUAACUUUGAGUUUAAGAGGCAAAUGUAUGAGAGGGACUCUAUUUUAAUGCUCUUUAUAUAUAUAUAUGUCCAAUACUAAGCGUAAUUCUAAUUAUAUUUCAGCUUUAUAAUAGAUAGCUUUUAACAUUACUAUACUUGAAUCUUCAAGUUCAAAAUAAUUCUAAAAACUGGAUCCGUUAUUAUAAAAUUUAACUCUCUAAUUUAUAUAAAAUUUUGCAAAGUAUAAUUUGACUGAACUUUAACUACUUACGGGUAUAAUUGCAUUUGGUUUUUGCAAUUCUGUGUUACUUUAUCUGUUAUUCCUCUGUCUUUUUCAGUGACUUUCACUUAUUCCCAUGUCUGUCUUUUCUUUUUCUCUUUUGCAUAUUCUGCCUUCUCUUUUUAUUUUGCUUUCUCUGCCUUCUUCAUCGUAUUUCCACUUAUUCUUCCCUUCUUUUCUUUUUCUUCCACUCUUCUUGUCUCCCUCUCUCUUUUCUUUUUUUCUUUUUUUCGACCUAUAAACUCCAAUUCUUUUUCCUCAUAUAACGGGCCAAUGCACUACACUAAUCUAGUAAGGCAUGUUUGGACCCAAACUUAGCCCACUCCAUGUCUGAGGCUAAUUAUGAAAACCUUUCUAGAUUUAUGUAAGAACCGGUGGAUUUAUGUAAGGAAGGAUGGGUACCUACCCCUCACAUUAUCAGUUUUAUUAUUUUAAUAUUAAUUUAUUAAUUUUAAAAUGUUAUAUUAUAAUAUAUAUUAAAUAAUGUUUGAUUUUAAACAAAAAUGGUUAUAGUGUUAGUGGUUGUGUCCCACUCUUAUGACACCAUAUUUUCGUUUUCCUCCCCGAAUCCUUGAUCCUUGUUAUUUUUUUGUUCAUGUUUUUUUUGCAAGUAACCAAGCAAAUCUCCUCUCCGUUGCCUUAAAAAUUGUGUAAUUGCAAAAUUGUGUUACUUAUAAUUUUCGUUAAAAAUAGUUAGGCUUCUAGAAAUCAAAGAAAGAAAGAAAGCUUUGAAACGCCAACCCUGACACCUGAAGAAGGAAGAGACCGCAUAGCUCUCACCAAUGAACAGUGGGGGUAUCGUUGAAUUGCGAAGAAACUCCACCAACUGGGCUAAGGUAGUGGAAGACAUUGUGAAGCUCGAGAAGAAGAUAUUCCCUAAACACGAGUCUCUUGCCAGGUCUUUCGACCAAGAACUGAGAAAACAGAAUUCUGGAUUGCUUUUCCUGGACUUACAUGGAGAAGUCGUAGGUUAUGUAAUGUAUUCUUGGCCCUCUUCUCUCUACGCUACUAUUGCCAAACUCGCAGUGAAGGAGACGUGUAGGGGACAAGGUCAUGGAGAAACACUACUGAAGGCAGCCAUUGAGAAGUGCAGAACCAGAAACAUUCAGCGUAUAGGUCUUCAUGUUGAUCCCUCGAGGACGGCGGCUAUGAAUCUCUACAAGAAACUUGGGUUCCAAGUUGAUAGCUUGAUUGAAGGAUACUACUCUGCGGAUCGAGAUGCCUACAGAAUGUUCUUGGAAUUUUGAUACAGCCUAGUCUUUCAACUAGGCUACACAUUUUCUGAGUUAAAUUUUAUAUUUCAAAGAAGCGAUGAGCAUUUUUGUUGUAAUUUUAUUAUGCAUGUGAGGAAGUAAUUGAUGAUGAUGUUGAGUUUAUGGAUCAUAUGCAGGUAGAACAAUUGAUUACAUUAAGAACAAUGGAUCAUUUAUGGAUCAGAUUUGCCCUAAUUUAUCA